GUCUCCAGACGGUCAGAGUUCUGAAUUCAAAGCCCCAACAUUUUUAUGCCUACCCACCCCCCCGAGUCCUAUCGAUCCCUGCCUGCUGUGCCUCACCAUUGCCUCAGUGCAUCGUGACCCGUUUAUACCUUUCCUGCCUUGGGGUCUCUCUUUGCACCCCAUUUCUGCUGCCCUCCCUGGCCAGGGUGCACCCCGCUGUCAGCCCAGGCCGUGCACCCAAAGGCUGAGCCCCGUGCCCAAACCUGGGCCCUGCACCCAAGGCCUGGGCCCUGCACCCAGAGGCUCUCCCACUGCUCUGCAUGCUCAGGGACUGUUUCUCCCUGUGGUUAGGCAUGAUGCAGCCCAGGCAGCUAGCACGUGUGGCAGGGCCCCCACACCCCUGGCAGAGGUGCCAGCGUCUCCAGGGCUGGCAGCAUCACCAGCUCGGCAGGGAGAGGUGGCCACCAGACCGCGAGCUGGCCCUGUGCUGGUCAGAGCGACACCCAGCAUCUCAGCACAGCCGAAGAAGAGGGGUUCGGUGGGGAAAAGCAGCCGAAGGUCUCCUGGGGACGCGCAGCUGCCAGCUCGCUGCCUGCGAUGCUGGUGGCAGCGUCGGGCGGCAGGACCGCAGGUGACCCGGCAAACCGCCUCGCCAUAAACCCUGCUGCCAGGGCUGGGAAGCAGAUAACGGUGGGGCUGAAGUCCAACGUGAGGCAGGUCCUGGGGAGCAGAUUCCAGCCCUGGCUCACAGCGUGGCCUCCCUUGCCGGCCUCGUGCUUCUCCCGGCUCCCUUUUACCCUCACCACAGCCUGGAGGCCACAAUGGCCGGGCAGGCAGUGCUCGCCCUCCUGCUGCUGCUGCUGGCCGGGACCGUCCGCCCCGGCGGGUCUGCGGGCGGCGGCAGCAGCAGCAGUGUGGCUGAGCGGCUCUGCAACUUCAUCUGUGACUUCAGCGACUGCUCCGAUGAGAACCAGUGCGGCUACCUGCGGAGCUCGGCUGUGCUGGGCACCCCCUUCACCUGUGAUUUCGAGGAAGGUGACUGCGGCUGGCAGGACGUGAGCACCUCGGCUUACAGAUGGGUGCGGGGCCGGGCCAGCCUGGCCACAUGGGGCACAGGGCCCCACUCGGACCACACUGUGGGCACUGACCUGGGAUGGUUCAUGGUGACCGAGUCCCCGCCGGCAAAGACCAAGGCCACGGCCUGGCUCAGGUCACCGGUGAUGCGGGAAACAGCUGCCACGUGUGAGAUCAGGGCCUGGUACCACCUCUCGGGAAGCGGACUGAACCUGACGGAGCAGCCAGUGCUGCGCCUGGCCAUGCUGUACAGGGAUGAGGUGGUGGGGCUGUGGCAGAGCCCUGAGCGUGGAGGCGAGGGCUGGCACCAGCUGGUCGCCUACCCGGGACGGAUCACGGAGCAGUUCCAGCUCAUCUUCUCCCUGACACAACCGCCCGCGUGCAAGGCAGAGCUGGCACUUGAUGACAUCAUCUUCAGCAACUGCGGCUUGCAGGAGCCCAGGCAACAGGUCUGUGGGGCGGAGGAGAGCCACUGCAGCCAGGGCUCCUGCCUGGCACGGCACCGCUUCUGCGAUGGCACCGACGACUGCGGGGACGGCUCGGACGAGGACACAACGCAGUGCGAGUCCUUCACCCUCUGCCCCUUUGAGCAAGGCUUCUGCAGCUGGAAGGCGGAGGCUGGGCAGACAGAGUGGAAGAGGAACACGAGCCUGAACCUGGGGACCGCGUACGGCAUCCCCACCCGGGACCACAGCAAUAACAGCAGGACGGGUUUUUUCCUCCACGUGGGCAGCGCCUCGGCCGCGGGGGCUGGCGGCAUAGCACAGCUCACCAGUCCCACUUUACAGGCCACCAACUCCUGCUCCCUUGUGCUGUAUUGCCACCUCCAUGGCUGCGCCACCAGCAGCCUCAGCAUCUCCUAUGUGACCGGCUCCACCACGCACCUGGUGAGGGAGAGGACGGGGGACCUGGGCAGCUGCUGGGUCCGGGAGAGAGUGGACUUCAAUGUGACAACAAACUUCCAGGUGCUGAUUGAGGGGGUGGUCGGCGGCACGGGGACCGUGGCCAUCGACGACCUGAUCCUGUCUCCAGGCUGCGUGCAGGAGCAGGCGAUGCCUGUGAUCGCACUGCCAAGUCGGGCAGGCGCCGGCCCCUGCACAGCUGAGGAGGUGGCCUGUGACAGCGGGGACUGCAUCAGCGCAGAGCUGGCCUGUGACUUUGCCGAGACAUGCGCCGACGGCUCCGACGAGAAGCGCUGUGGAGCGACCACCUUUGAGGUGGGGGCCGGGGGCUGGCAUGACGUCAGCGUGGGGCGGCUGCACUGGGGCGUGCAGAGGGCCACCGAACCUGCUGACACCGUCCUCACAGGAGCUUUCCUGGCCCUCCAGGCAGGAGAAGGACAAAUGGUGGCUGCUGCAAAGGCACGCACGCCUCUGCUGGGCCCCUCCGGCCCCGCCUGCGCCAUGGAGAUGAGCUACCGCAUCCACAGUGGCCCCCAAGGCUUCCUCGCCAUCAGCAUCAUGGAUCACACCACUGGCACCACACACCUGGCCUGGCAGACGUGGGGGCUCAGCGCCACGGCCGGGGGACACGUCCGCAUCCCACUGGGGGAGAGGCCCCGGCCCUUCCAGGUCGAGCUGCUGGGGCUGGUGGAUCUGCAGGACUCGGCGAGCGCCGCCAUCGACAAUGUGACGUUCGUGCAGUGCCACCCUGACGUGGUGCCACCGGGGGCCACGGAGCUGUCCUGCAACUUCGAGAGGGGCAUGUGCGGCUGGUACCAGGAUCAGACCAGCGACUUCAAAUGGGUCCACAGCACGGGGCAGGGCCAGGGCUCCGACCACACCACUGGCUCGGGCUACUUCUUGGCUGUGGAUCCCUCUGCGCAGUGGAGCCGUGGGCAGCAGGCACAGCUCAUCACCUACCGCCAGGAGCCUGCCGCCGCCCCACGCUGCCUCUCCUUCUGGUACCGCCUGGCCGGCCCGCAGAUUGGCACCCUGACCCUCAAGCUGCUGCUGGAGGGAGCAGAAGAGACGGUGCUGUGGACCCAGCAGGGGACUCAGGGCAGCAUCUGGCACCGGGGACGGGCGACGCUGCCCGCCACGGGCCGGCAGCAGUACCGGGUGGCCUUCGAGGCCCUGCGGGAUGGCUUCCUGGGGGACAUGGCGCUGGAUGACCUGGCACUGACGGUGGGGCCCUGCGGGGCCGCGCUCUCCUGCUCCUUCGAGGCAGAUGCCUGUGGGCUGGCAACCAGCGGGCAGGGCACCUGGCUGCGGCAGAGCAACAGCACCGGCACCAUUGCCGGCCCUGCAGCCGACCACACCACCGGCACCACCACAGGCCAUUACAUGGUGGUGGGCACAGGCAGGGGCUCCCUGCCUGCGGGGCGUGCGGCUGCCCUCACCUCCCAGCCCUACCAGCCCUCCGCGCCUGCCCAGUGCCUGGCCUUCUGGUACCAGCUGAGCACUGGCACCCCAGGCUCCCUCGGCGUCUUUGUGGAGCAGAGCGGGGUGCGGAGGAAGGUGAUGGGCAUGAGCGCCAUGGAGGGGGACGUCUGGCACCGCAGCCACAUCACCGUCCAGCAGGAUGAGGACUGGCAGGCGAUAUUCGAGGUGGUGGGAGCUGGGGGUGACCACGGGUACAUCGCGCUGGAUGACCUGCACGUGUUGGACGGAGCCUGCCCCGAGCCAGCAUCCUGUGACUUCGAGUGGGACACGUGCGGCUGGAGCAGCCCCUCGGACCCCCGCCUGCACAGCUUCGCCUGGGGCUGGAAGAGUGGGGUCCCCCUUGCCAAGUACCCCAGCCCCGAGCAGGAUCACACCCUGGGCACAAGGGAUGGUCAUUACGUGCACUUUGACAUCAGUGUUCUGGGCCCGGGGGGCACCACUGCCCGGCUGGAGAGCCAGCAUCUGCCUGCUGCUGCCGACUCCUGCCUGUGGUUCUGGUACCACAUGGACAUCCCAGAGCACCUCUCCGGCGGGGAGCUGCGCGUGAUGCUGCACAGCGCAUCAGGGCAGCGAACGGUGUGGAGCGUGGCAGGGCACCAGAGCCGGGGCUGGCGGGGCAGCGUGGUACCGGUGCAGAGCCCCAGCGAGUUCCAGAUCAUCUUUGAGGUCACCACAUGGAGGUGGCCGAUGGAGGGGACAGUGGCACUGGAUGACAUCGUGUACAGCACUGGGGGGGGCUGCCAUUCCAGCCUGGAAGUGCCAGUGGAAGAGAAAUCCUCCAGCAGCUUUGUUGCAGAGGUGGUGCUCGGUCUUCUCCUGGCCAUCAUCGUCCUGGCGCUGGUGGCCGCUGGAGGCUGGUACUGCCUGAAGCGGCGAGGGCUGCCGAGCGGGAUGCCGGUGGAGAGCAGUGCUCCCCAGGGCUUUGACAACAUCACUUUUCGAGAUGACAAGGUCAUUAUAUCUCCAGUGCCAAAAGAGGGGGAUGAGGUUUGAAGUAAUAAGCCAGCAGCACUAAUUGCCUACUCAUGUCUGCGAGGUGUACACAGGGCAGAGCAUCCCUCCAGCAAGACCUCACACUCCAGCAGCCACCUCUGGCUCUCAGCAUCCGACAUCGGGCAGCGGGGAGCUGCCACAGGCACUGACCCCACGGUGCCAGCCCCGCAGAGGGACGUGUCUCUACCUCCACUACCUCCAAGCGCUCGGGAAAAGCACUGUCAUCUUUUGUAACAUGA